UCUGAGAAUGCCUGAGUAGUUGUUGCGGUUUGGCUCUGCCUCACCAAUGAAGGUCUCUCCAUGUUGCAUGUCCUUCAGUUCGGCGUGUGGCUUCUCAAACUGCCAUCACGGAUCCAGAUGUGGAAGCAGAGCGAGCCGGUGGGCGGCUGUUCAUCCUGCGGCUCUCUGGGGGCCAAACCGCGGUGCUGUCGUGCCAAGCGCACGGAGCUCUCCAACAACUUUAUGCGCGACAUGGAGUGCCGAGUGCUGUCCAUUCAGAGUCAUGUAGUGAGGGGAUACGUGGGGAACAAAUCUGCAUCCUUCCCUUUACAGGUGAUGGGCUUUGAAGUGGACUCCAUUAACUCAGUCCAGUUCUCCAACCAUACAGGUUACGCGCACUGGAGGGGGCAGGUAGUGACAGCGGACGAGCUCCACGUGCUGUAUGAGGGAAUCAAGCUCAACAACGCCAAUCAAUAUGACUACGUACUCACAGGUUACACCAGGGACACAUCUUUUUUAGAGAUGGUGGUGGACAUCGUACAGGAACUGAAGAUGGCCAAUCCUAAUCUUGUAUACGUGUGUGACCCUGUCCUGGGUGAUCAUGGUUCUAUGUAUGUACCUCAGAAUCUGUAUCCAGUCUACAAGGACAAAGUGGUACCAGUGGCAGAUAUCAUCACUCCUAACCAGUUUGAGGCAGAGCUCUUGACAGGAAAGAAUAUCAGCACAGAGAAAGAUGCAGUAGAGGUGAUGGAUCUGCUCCAUAAUAUGGGUCCAGACACAGUGGUCAUCACCAGCUCUGAUCUGCCACCUCGCCUCGGAGACCGCUUUCUGGUUUCACUUGGCAGCCAACGUAUCGUGAUGCCAGACGGCACGUUCACGACCCAGAGGAUCCGGAUAGAGGUGCCCAAAGUAGAUGCAGUGUUUGUUGGGACGGGCGACCUGUUUGCAGCUAUGCUGCUGGCUUGGACACACCACUACCCAACAGACCUGAAGAUGGCGUGUGAGAAAACCUUCUCCGUCAUGUACCAUGUUAUUCAGAGGACCAUUUCUUAUGCCUUCGAGAUGGCAGGUCCUGGCAGAAAACCGAGCCCGGCUCAGCUUGAGCUACGAAUGAUUCAGAGCAAAGCAGACAUCGAGGAUCCAGCCAUCGUAAUGGAGGCCACUGUUCUAUAGAAAUACACACACACCAUGCCCUUCUCCCCUAUACCACAAUCGCACAAUGUAUAGAUGUUGUACAUUUUUUGGAUCUGUAAUGUGACAUUUGCCUUAGAAAUCUUGAACAGAGCACAACAUUUCAUUCGGAGGGAGAAAUAGCAGGGUACAGCCGCAUCGACGAGCAGCAGAGAGAGAAGGAGCAGGAGAAGGACCGAAUUCUGUGAUGAAAGUGAGGAAGGAGAGAGAAAUCUCUCUUUUUUCAGUUAUUUUCCUCUCUAACCAGGUCUCCUUCUCUGCGCUCAUCUCAAACCCCUGUUUGUCCUGCACAUUGAAGAAGCAAUUGAAUGCAGGUUUCAUCAGAUUUACUUGAGAAACUCUCAGCACUGAAACAAGCGAAAGUGAAGACGUUAAUUAGCAUCUCAUUAAACCAUCAUCAUUAAUGGAUAUGUGUUUCCAGGAAAUCGUGUUACAAUUAAAUCUUCACAAUGAAGUUUGACGUGAUAAACUGUACGACAGCUCAGAAAGAAGCUUUGUAUGCCCCUCUUGCAUGGAUGUUUCGAGGGGAAAAAAUGCUGUGGUUAUUUUUAUUGCAUGAGUCCAUGCCUUUAGGGGGACAAAACUAUUUGUCAUAUACCCCUUUUUAAAAAUUUUUUUUAAUUAUUUUUAUUUCUCAUUUACUUUUGCAUGUUUGAAAUGUGGGACUAACAUUUCGACAUAUUUUUAACCGGUCUUAAAAAUGUCUAUGCUGCUGUUUCAUUCCAUGUUUUAAAGACCGACCAGAAGAAUAUUUUACAAGAAAUAAUAUAUUACCAGGUUUGAUAGCUAAUUACUAUAUUGUUCUAGCAACCAGGGUUGCUAGCAAGCUAGCUAAUAUUUGACAAAUUAUUAUUAUAUUGUGUGACCCAGUAGCUAGCUAGGUAAUGUUUGGCUAAGUGCUAUAUUUUGUACACCAAUAGCCAGUGUCUCUAGCAAGCUAGCUAACAUUUGGCUAACUAUUAUAUUGUAAAAACCAGUAAUUAAUGUUGCUAGCAAGCUAGCUAACACUAGGCUAACUACUACAACUACACUGUGUAAAGCAAGAGAUGAUUUGUGAAUUGGCAAUGACUAAAUUUGGUGCUAAUAGUCUGUGCCUACAAAAUAUUGUUUUAUUCAGACUUUUUGUUAACUUUCAUGUCAUGAAGGUGAAUGACUGAUUACUAAAAUCACCUUUAGCUUUUCACAAAAACUCGAGUGUUUUUGUGAGUUUUCUCUCUUAUUUUCUAAAUCUCUUUUUCCCCUCUUUUUUUUCCUUCACCAACUGGACUCAGUAGCUUAGCUCUAUUGUUUAAUAGUUUAAACAGUAAUAAAUACUGCACUGGUAAACACAGCGUAUCACUCCUUUACACAGAUUUAGUCAUCUUUGCACAUUUCGUUUCUAUUUUAUUUCACAUUUCUGUUUUCCCAUUCAUCAUUCAUCCAUGCUGGCCAUGUGUGACAUUUUCCUUUCCAAGGACCUGUGAGCUUGUGUUGUUUCUGAAAUCGUGUCCAUGUGCAGGACCAGUCAGGGGUCAGUGUUGCUCUCGGUGUUGCACUUCCUCCUCACCUUUUCAUAAAAGCGAUGAUGUAUUAAAUAUGGUCUAGCGUGUAUCUGUACAUGUAAACGUAUGAACGUGUUUAAGGGGGUGGAAGAAUUGUGUGCGUUUGUGUAUAAUUCUAUAUACAUAUUUGUGUCCGUAGAUAAGAUUUGAAGGUUAAUGGGGUAUUUUGGGUAUAUGGACGGUUGCGUUCACAAGUUUACAUACACUCUAUGGAUAUGAAUGCCAUGGCAAUAUUGGGCUUUCAAUGAUUAUAUAAAAAUACAGCACACCUAAGCGGCACGGUGGUGUAGUGGUUAGCGCUGUCGCCUCACAGCAAGAAGGUCCGGGUUCGAGCCCCGUGGCCGGCGAGGGCCUUUCUGUGCGGAGUUUGCAUGUUCUCCCUGUGUCCGCGUGGGUUUCCUCCGGGUGCUCCGGUUUCCCCCACAGUCCAAAGACAUGCAGGUUAGGUUAACUGGUGACUCUAAAUUGA